UGGAAAAGACCAGAAGCCCACUGGUUUUUUAAUUGGGCAAAAGAGCCUACAUGGUUAAUUGAAAUUAUCACACUGUGGACACCUCUUAUUAAGUUUCCUUUUUUUAAUUAGUAAAAUGAAACACGUGUUUUCUUUCACGGUUCUUUAGAUCAACACUCCGGCGUGCCCCCUUUUUAUCUCCCAAAUUUGUCGUCUCUGGUUGGCCAUUGAAUACAAACCUACCGGGAAAGUUCAAAGAAAAUCCCGACUAUUACCUGCAAGUGUAUUGCUGCUACCCCCACCUCCCUGCCUAUCUAUUUGCUGGAGUAUAAAAGGUGCACAAUAAUUAAUACAUUGAAAAGCACUCUAUCUACACCCUGCCAGCCCCCUCUCCCUUCAUCAAUCUUGAAACUUUACCGCACUGAAAGAUCGGAUCAAGCUCCAUAAUCGCACGUUUCUGCUCCAAUUCUCACCAUUUCACACUUCUCUAUGGACAUAGAAUCAGCUACGGAGUUCUUAGGAGGUGUUCCUCUGCUACAGAGGUUGCCUAGCUCGUCUCUCAAGAAAAUCGCGGAGCUCGUUAUUGUUAAACGCUAUGAGGAAGGACAGUAUGUUAUUCGUCAGGGAGAAGUUGGGGAAGGAAUCUAUUUUAUAUGGAAAGGGGAGGCACAAGUCUGUGGAACAGUAAAUGAAGAGGAAGAGGGUCGUCCUGAGUUUCAAUUGCAGCGAUAUGAUUACUUUGGUGAUGGUUUGUCUGCGUCUGUUCAGCAGGCAGAUGUAAUUGCUUUGACUAAGCUAAUUUGCUUAGUGCUACCUCAUGAUCAUUGCACUUUGCUUCGACCAAAAUCUAUAUGGAAUGCAGACAAGACACUCGACUCCUGCCCCCUUGUGGAGAGCAUAUUGCAUUUGGAGUCAAUAGAAGUGAAUAUAUUCCAGGGCAUUACUCUGCCAGAUGCCCCACGAUUUGGAAAGGUCUUUGGAGGACAGUUUGUUGGACAGGCAUUGGCUGCAGCAUCAAAAACAGUUGAUUGCUUUAAACUUGUUCAUAGCUUGCAUGCUUAUUUUCUUCUUAUUGGAGAUCUUGACAUGCCAAUUAUAUACCAAGUUCAACGAAUACGCGAUGGGAAAAGCUUUGCUACCCGAAAAGUUGAUGCAAUACAAAAAGGAAAUAUCGUAUUCACAUUGAUGGCUUCAUUUCAGAAAGAAGAACAGGGGUUUGUCCACCAGCUAGCACAGAUGCCAGCUGUGCCUGAACCAGAACUGCUUUUGUCAAUGGAAGAGCUGCGUGAGAAACGUCUUACUGAUCCUCUUCUUCCAAGGAGCUAUCGCAACAAGGUUGCUGCAAAAGAAUUUGUCCCUUGGCCAAUGGAAAUAAGGUUUUGUGAGCCCAACACUAACACUAAUCAGACAAAAUCUCCUCCAAGCCUGAAGUACUGGCUUAGAGCAAAAGGGAAACUUUCAGAUGAUCAGGCAUUGCAUAGAUGUGUAGUGGCAUAUGCUUCUGAUCUCAUAUUUCUUCAAGUUAGUGUGAAUCCCCACCGUGCUAGGGGUUUGAAGCCAUCUGCAGUUAGUCUAGAUCACACGAUGUGGUUCCAUAGGCCUUUUAGAGCUGAUGAGUGGUUAUUAUUUGCGAUUGUGAGCCCUGCUGCCUAUAAUGCUCGAGGCUUUGUAGUUGGUGAAAUGUUCAAUAGAAAAGGAGAGCACAUUGUGUCAAUAACUCAAGAAGGGCUUCUUAGAACAUUCGCAACAACAAAUCCAGCCAGAAAUCCAACCACUGCCUCGAAGCUUUAGUUUGGGAAUUGCUGUCAAGUCGUCGGUCGUGAAACUAUCGUCGUAUCAAAUAAGGGUUCCAAGAUUUUUGCUCCUCUUCUUUUAUGCUAAGAGGCGGUUUCGCUCGCAGUUGUGAUGACUCUGUGUUGAUCAAUACCGCUUCUUCUCCGGGGAGUACUUAUUUAUGAAGAAAAAAAUGUAAACAGGUCCAUUCGCAAGGAAAUAUUAUAACUUUUAGCGUUUCGAUUUCUCUGAUCAAUAAUAAAAAUACUUAAUCAAA